AUGAUAUCGUUCUUAAUUAAGCAAUUAUUAUUGCUUACUCUUUUAUCACUUGCUAAAGUAGUAUUUGGCAAUGAAGUAACAGAAUUUCCGUUUAAUUACCGGACCGGUAAAUUAAAUCAGUUUGUCGGAUUUGCAACACCACAUUCACCACCACCAACUAAUGGUCCAUUUAUAUAUGGUUCGGUGUGGGCAUCAUGGUCAGCAUGGUCAUUUUGCGUGAACAAGGUACGUGUACGUGUACGUGCGUGUAAUACAGUACGAGGAUUUUCAUGUCUUGGUAAAAAGCAGGAAUUCAUGGAAUGUGACUUAGAUUAUAUGCAACCAGCAGUACAAGAAUCCGACUAUACGGCAGUUGAUCCAUGGGAAGAAGAUCGAAAAGAAGCUAUGAAGCAACUUUAUUCUCAUAAAUAUUCAUCGGAUCAAUCAGAAAAAGUGAAUUCAGAUGAGAAUAAAAAUAAAUUUAUUCCACGUGAAUCGGCAAUACGUCGACGUGAACGAGUGAGAGUAACAACAAAGGAAUCUCAUAAUGAUUAUCAGUCGAUGACACAAGAAGCAGUGUUAAAUGAUAAGCAAAUCACACCAACAUUAGCCACUACUCGAGAUUUCAAUACUAAAACAAUAGGACAAUCAUUAUCAUCAUCAUUAUCAGAUGCUAUAAUUACCACUGAUAUGCCAUUAUCAUCUAAUACUAAUAAACAACAACAACAACAAAAGCAACAUCCUUCUGAAUCACUUGAUCAAAUACCUGUAUCAGCAUCGAUCAGACGACAAUCACCAGUUGCAUCUGAGUCAUCACUUAUGCAAUCAGUCCAUCGGUCACCGCAAAUUUCACAUUUGUCAGAUGGAUCAAAAUCAGCACAAUUUGAUCAGAAUGAACGAUCAGUGCUUUUUACAGCAACAGAACGAAUUUUAAUUGAUGAACAGGAAAAUGAACCAAUUUUAUCAGUUAAUGAUAAUGAAAUGAAUACAGCAGCAAUACCAUCAAAAGUUUUAGUAUGGAUGCCACCUGGUAUUACAACAUGGAUUUCACAAGAGACAACCAAUGCUAAUGAUAACUUUCCUAAUAUUAUCACAACAACAACAACAACAACAACUACGAAAAUUCCAUCAAAUUAUCAUUCGUCCAUAUCAAUACCAAUUGCUAAAGCAUUAACACCAAUUGAUAAGAGCGAAGCAAUGAUACGUCGUAAUGAAUUUACUGAUGAUAAAACACAAUUUGCAUUUCCGGAAUCGAAUACGUUAAGAUUAAAAAGUUUAAAAAUUCACUCAAAUCCUGUAAAUGUCAAACCAAAAAUUUCCAAUUAUGGAAUAUCAUUAAAGAAAUUCGAUCAACUAGAAGAAGAUCAACAAGCAUUAUCAUCAUUUGAUAUUCUACCUGAACAUGUUAUCACUGAUAAUAACAAUUUGAAAUAUGCGCCACGUAAAAUAUCAGACGCAUUAGCAUCAGCAUCAAAAACAUACGUUGCCGAUCAAUCACACAAAAUAUUACAAAAUGGUAAUUUUCAUCAGGCAAGUGAUAACGAUAGAGCUGCUGCUGAUAAAGCAUUGGAUUUAUUAUUGAGAGCGAUGUCCUCUGAUGACGAUGAUGAUGAUGGAAAUAAUAAUGAUAAUAUCGAUCAACCAACAAAGAAAUCAUUACCUAAUAAAAAUUUAUACGUGAAGGAAUCAAGCAAUACUGAAAUAGAAUUGGAAGAAAUAAACAAAAAUGUGGAAAGCUCAAAAAGUUUGAAAAAAACUACCGAAGAGUUAACUAAGGAAAAUAAUAAUAAAAUGGAAUCACACUGGAAAGCGAUGAAUCUAAAUUUAGUACCCAGAGGACCAUUAACGUCAACUUUUACGCCGACAACAGCGCCUACAGUUAUUGAUCAAUCUCGAAUAUUUUUAGUUUCAAUGAAUGAAAAUGCUACAUCAAAUUGGUCAGAAUGGACAAAUUGGCAACGAUGUUUUUGUGGAAAACAAAUUCGUACACGAGUAUGUCACUAUGAAACAUCAUUUCUUGUAAAAGGUUGUCAAGGAAAAAGUUACGAAUCACGUGAAUGCUAUGAACGUGAUCAUUGUCCAACGACAAUAGCGCCAGUACCACCAACUCGAACAUCAUUCAUUUCAACAAAUAUUGAAUCAAAAAUUAGAAAAUCACCCUUACAUCAACCACUUUCCACUGCUACUGCACAAAAAACUACUGAUUUGAAGGAUAGAUAUUUUUCAGUAUAUAAUAUAAGCAGUAAUAUUGGUCAAAUGAUUGCUGAAAAUGAUAAAUUACGAUGA